AUGGCCGGCGUUCCUAAAGCUCAAGGCUGCGACGCAUGUCGGAAACAAAAGAAAAAGUGCGAUCAGGCUAAACCAGCCUGUGCACGCUGCACACGUCUCAAGCUCAAAUGCACAGGAAUAGGCGUAAAGCGCUUCGUCUUCAAGUCCGAAAACACACAAGCAGCCAAGAAACACACCAAAACAGUAGCCGCACCCUCCUCGGCGCUGAGUAAUGAAAAGACCCGAGUAGCGGGUAAAUUGGUGCAUAUUCUUGAGUUCGAUAACCCAGGCUAUGACAUCUCAACGUAUGGGUGGUUCGUCAAAGAUUUACCCCGGCAAGUUGGGUCGAGUAAACCGCUUGAUGCGGCUAUUACAGCGUUUGUGACGGGUUUUGGACCGUUGAAGGAUAGGAGUGUUUCAAAGGUUGAUGCGUUGGAUAAGUACGUUUUUGCGUUGAGGACGUUGAGGGAGGCGAUGAGGGAUCCGGAGCGGGCGUUUUCGGCGGAUAAUAUGUAUUCGAUAUACUUGAUAUCUAUCUGCCAGGAAUGGCUUGGGAGUGGCGGUGCUGGCAUUGGUGUUGGGAGUGUCAACUCGAAGCACCAUGAAGUCCUCGCGUACUUGCUUCAGAACGCUAUCCAAAAGUCCCAAUUUAAUCCCUCCGACAAGCCGUUCAUGCAAACCAUAUUCUCCAUUGUGGUUCUCGAGAGUUUCAGCAAUCCCAACAUCCAACUCGGCCCCUGGUUCUGGCAAGCUCUCUCUGUCCUAAGCGAUGCAGCACGUCCUCUCAAAUCAGGAGACGGCACAUCCUUCGCAAGCCUCAAUAUCGGAACAAUGGGUGAAAUAUCCUGCUUCAUCCGCGAUCCAGAUCGAUACCUCUACCAGAUCCAGUGCACAUACGCUCUUAUCCAGACAGAGCACCCUAGACUUGUCAAAGCAGCUGAAGAAGCAGUCACUAAAGCCAAAGCAUCAGGCUCAACGUCUCUCCAGAGAAGAAUGGGGAUCCGUUUUCAUGCUGCGAUCGCAGCCAUGCUAACGAUGGCUACUAUUCUGAAUCGCAUCCUGCGGUCCUAUGAUGGCGACCCUGUUCUUGUUUUGGAUGCCAGGGGCUAUGUUGAUGAGAGCAUUGGACUUGGAAGAGCUGCUAGCUUUAAUCGACCGAUUGCUGCCUCUGCUGUGGCUUCGCCUCUUGCGCUGUCAUUAGCUGCGCUGGGUGAUUAUAGACGCGAGGAAGUUGAAAAGUUGCUGGUGGAGUAUCAAAGUGAUUUCCCAGGUUUGAAUUACUUUUCUGAUGUCAAAAUGAUCAGGAGGGGUUUUGAUGAUAUUGAUAAGAAUAAUCAGAGGAAAGUGAGGUUACUGAUAUCAAGUGAAGAAGAUUUUGAUAGUAGUUCGGGUGGCAAUGACACAGAUACCGAGAUAGGACCGGGGUGUACAAUACUGUAG